AUGCAGUAUGUGAGGAGUAUCGGGGGUUCAGUAUCCAAAACAUGGAAUUCCAUUAAUCCAGCGACACUUAGCGGUGCUAUCGAUGUUAUCGUUGUUGAGCAGGAAGACGGAUCACUAGCAUGCUCACCGUUCCAUGUCCGCUUUGGAAAAUUUUCACUACUGAGGCCGUAUGAAAAGAAAGUUGAGUUCAAGGUCAACAAUGCCAAGCAAGACCAUUCUAUGAAGCUUGGAGAAGGCGGAGAAGCCUUCUUCGUAUUCGAGACUUCUGACGAAAUCCCAGAGAGCCUGCAAACAUCGCCCGUUAUUUCACCAGCAACGAGUCCGCAAAGUCUAUUAGAGCAGGAUGUCACCUCGGUCCCUACAUUACAGGAGCCGGAGUUCCUAGAUCUAAAUAUGGAUGGGAUUAACGAUCGAAGACGGGACACGGUUGGACGAGCGAGGCCAAUCUUGUCUGAUGCUUCGAGAGCCAAGAGUGAUUUUGGUGCGCUUACUCCGCUAUCUACUAGCCCUGGGGCAGCUUCGGACGAUGUUGGAAGGAGAGAUUGGUCGGCUUCCAAGACUACGUCUUCUCCACACAUCAAGCGCGCUGCUUCGGCGGAGUUUGUACAAACGUCCACACGUCCACAAAGCGAGAUCCACGGCGAUCGUACACACAUUCAGGCGCAUGGAGGCGGGUUGGGUCUCGACAAUGGACCCAGCCUGGCAACGUCUGCUCCUACAGAACGCUCCAUCAGUCCACCGCCUCUCUCUUCGAACGAUGCAUUCAACCGAGCAAAACUGCUGUCAAAGAAAUUGUCGAUUUCUAAUAUUCCUACCCGCGUCACGGACAACGGAGAUUUGAUGCUUGAUAUGACCGGCUACAAAAGCAGUGAGGACGAAGCUCUUCGAGCAGAGGUAAUAGCACGCAAGAUACUGGCCGAGGAAUUGGAAGGGAACUACGACAUCGGCGCUCUGAUAGGUGCCGAUGAGCAGGGCAACCUAUGGAUAUAUAGUAGCGAGGAGGCCAAAGAGGCUGCUGGACGUAGAAUUGGACUUCAAGGUCUGGCCCCAGGUGCAGUGUUCAAUGAUGCAGCAUCAGAUCCCGGUUAUCACAGCGACGACGAAAGACUACCUACGACCUCCCAGAUUUCAAGCAAGCACCAUCGGACCAAAUCAGAUGCCACCCCAACUGGGCUUGUGACACCACCACAUACGCCUCCAGCCGAGGAACCCGGCAGUGGGGAUCCCAACAGGAACUACGCGAAAACCCUACGACUCACCAGUGAUCAGUUGAAAGCUCUGAACUUGAAGCCAGGGGAGAAUUCUAUGAGUUUCAGUGUCAACCGCGCUACGUGUCAGGCCUCUAUGUACUAUUGGAAGUACGAUGUGCCAAUUGUCAUAUCAGACAUUGACGGCACAAUUACAAAAUCCGAUGCUCUCGGUCAUGUGUUGAAUAUGAUUGGCCGUGACUGGACCCACAUAGGUGUUGCAAAGCUAUACGCGGACAUUGUGGCAAAUGGAUAUAAUAUCCUAUAUCUAACCAGCAGAUCUGUUGGGCAAGCAGAUACGACUCGGAGCUAUCUGAACGGGGUCUCUCAGGAGGGGUUCAAACUACCCAAAGGCCCAGUGAUCAUGAGUCCUGAUCGAACAAUCGCUGCAUUGAGGCGCGAGAUAUAUCUUCGUAAACCAGAAGUGUUUAAAAUGGCCUGUCUCCGCGAUAUUUUGAAUCUCUUUGGCCAAGAGAGGAAACCAUUUUAUGCCGGGUUUGGGAACCGAUUGACAGACGCUUUGAGCUACAGAUCAGUCAACAUUCCGUCGACACGAAUCUUCACGAUCAAUUCGAACGCGGAGGUCUCUCUUGAUCUUCUCACUCUGAACAAAUACAAAAGCAGCUAUGUUACCAUGCGAGAGGUUGUGGACCACUUUUUUCCCACUGUAAGUUUACUUACGAAUGGUGGUGCGGAAAAGGAAACGGAUUUCGUUUUCUGGAGGGACGUGCCUGAGGAAAUUGACUAUUUGUCGGAAAGUGACUCUGAGGUUGAAAAACAAAUGAGAAAAGAGAGGGAAAGUAUAAGGAGUGAAGACUAUGGAAGCGAAGGUCUCGAUGAUGAUGAUGAUGUUGACGAGGAGGAUGAAGAAGAGGAACUAGAUGGCUUGGGGGAAAGCUAUUUGUCCAGGGAUUCGAUUGAUGAAGGAGAGGGAGAAGACUUGGUUUCCUCAAUAAUCGGAAGCAUCUCACUUAACGAUGACGGAAACGAUGGUGUACCUGAUGCGGUAGAAGUUGAGAUUGCUGACUCUGAUGGAAGAUCGUCGAAGGCUGAUCUCAAAAAGAUCACAGCAGCUGAAGUCACACGCUCUGCUACCGGGGCGGCAGAAGACGAAUGA